AUGAGCAAAACUCACCCGCAUUGUACACGUGACAUCACGUGGAUCUUCCUCUUUCUGCUUCUCACUCUUCUUCUUCUUCCGUGUCUGGUUGAUGGCGACGGCGAUGGCGAUCAGUGUAAAUGCAAAAGCGACGAAGACGAAGGUGGAGAAAAGGUUGACAAGGAUUUGGCCAAGAAGUACAAAAUCGGAGCUCUUGUUUCGAUUCUGGUCGCAAGUGCAAUCGGCGUCACGCUUCCAAUGCUCAGCAAAAUUUUCCCCGCCUUGCAUCCGGAGAAGGACUUCUUCUUCAUGGUGAAGGCCUUCGCGGCUGGGGUCAUAUUAUCAACCGGUUUCAUUCAUGUCUUGCCAGAUGCUUUUGAGAAGCUGUCACCUCCGAGUCUCUGUCAACAUCCCUGGCACGAUUUUCCGUUCGCAGGAUUUGUUGCAAUGGUGGCCGCCAUUGGAACGCUUAUGGUUGAUUCUCUCGCGACUGCAUAUUUUAAAAAAUCCACGCUAAGCGCCAUGGAUCGAGUUGCCGACGAAGAACAUAAUCGCCAUGCAACAACUCAUCAUGAGCAUUCUCAUGCUUCGAUGUCUUCUCCUUCCACGAACCUCCUUCGCCAUCGUGUUAUUUCUCAGGUGCUGGAGUUGGGGAUUGUGGUGCAUUCUGUGAUAAUAGGGAUCUCUCUGGGUGCAUCUGAAAGUCCUAAAACGAUAAGGCCUCUUAUUGCAGCUUUAACUUUCCACCAAUUUUUUGAGGGCAUGGGGCUCGGUGGUUCCAUCUCACAGGCAAAAUUCAAGAGAAGAGCAGUUAUAGUUAUGGCAUUAUUCUUUUCGCUGACGACACCUGUGGGGAUUGCAAUUGGUAUGAUAAUCAGUGGUAGCUACGAUGAAGAGAGUUCGAGGGCUCUGAUUGUGGAAGGUAUUCUUAAUGCAGCAUCAGCAGGUAUCUUAAUAUACAUGUCACUGGUGGACCUUCUUGCGCCCGAUUUAAUGAAUCCAAAGAUCCAAGCAAGUAGCAGGCUUCAGAUUGGAGUUAACGCGUCUUUGCUUAUUGGGGCUGGCUGCAUGUCACUUCUAGCAAAAUGGGCCUAAAGCCCACUCUUCCAUAUACCUUUCUUUCCACUUCUAUAUCACAUCCAUUAAUCUCUUCUUGUAAUAGUAAGGAUUGUGUUCAUAUUUUACAACUCACUAA